CGUUUCAAUAAUGCACAAUUACGAAUAAAUUGUGAAAUCCGGUGAAGGUUGAAAAAAAGCGCUCAAAGUUUUACGGAAACGCCUGAAUAAGCAUAUAUUUCCCCACCUGGCGUAUAAAUUCGUCGAUAAGGAAAGCAAUUAAGGUUAAUAUUAAUUACUUCCAGAUAAUGUUUGUUACUGUUCGUUUUAAAUAUUCAAAACAUGACAAAAAAGAUGGACGAGGCAGUUCGGUGCCAAAUCAAAAUCGAUAGGCCCAUCUACGAACAUGACCAACUCAGGAAAGACUUCGACUACAGUAAAAGAGACAAAAAGAAAUGUUUGAGUCUGGAUUUUGACACAAACUUCAAGAGAAUUGUCUUAAAAACAAUCCCAGCCCUCGAAUGGCUAAGUCACUACAAAUGGAGAAAAAACUUAUUGGCCGAUUUUAUAUCAGGAUUCACCGUUGCCAUAAUGCACAUCCCUCAAGGAAUGGCGUAUGCCCUUUUAGGCAACGUCCCCCCUGUUGUGGGCAUCUACAUGGCCUUUUUUCCCGUCUUAAUUUACUUCUUUUUGGGGACUUCGCGUCACAAUUCCAUGGGAACCUUUGCUGUUGUUUGUUUAAUGACCGGAAAGGCCGUGUUAGAACACAGUGAUCCGUCGUAUUUCCUGAAAAGUUCAGAAAUCAAUACCACGAGCGAAAAUCCGGUCAUUGAAUCGGUCCAUGACCGCUAUUCUCCCAUAGAAGUGGCGACAGCAGUCACAUUCACUGUAGCCUUGUUUCAGCUAGCAAUGUAUGUGCUGAGAUUGGGAAUUGUUAGUAAUUUGCUUUCGGAGACUUUGGUUAGCGGUUUCACGACGGGAGCCGCUUUUCAAGUGAUUGCCUCACAAAUCAAGGAUUUAUUAGGAUUAAAAAUACCGAAACAGAAGGGACUUUUUGUUUUCACAAAUACUUUAAAAUGCGUUUUUGAUGAAAUUUCGGAAACAAACACGGCGGCUGUUGUCAUCUCUUUAGUAACAAUAUUUAUUCUCAUUGCGAACAACGAAGUAGUUAAGCCACUCGUGGCGAAAAAAUCCUCAUUUCCGAUUCCAAUCGAACUGAUAGCAAUCGUGCUAGGGACUUUAGUGUCUCGAUAUUGCAACCUUGAAGCGAUCUACUCGAUUAAAGUAGUCGGUGAAAUCCCAAGUGGCCUCCCGGCCCCAACUACGCCCCCAAUGUCUUUACUAGCUUCAGUACUACUUGACGGAUUUACUAUAGCAAUAGUUUCGUAUAGUAUCACACUGUCAAUGGCUUUGAUUUUCGCCCAAAAACUCAAUUACGAAGUGGACGCAAAUCAGGAACUUUUAGCGCAAGGGGUUGGCAACAUUUUCGGUUCGUUUUUCUCGUGUAUGCCGUUCACAGCAUCGCUUUCGCGCUCCACGAUUCAACAAGUGGUUGGGGGAAAAACCCAAAUUGCAUCACUCGUUUCCUGUUUCCUCCUUCUGAUUGUUUUACUCUGGAUUGGACCGUUUUUUGAGCCACUACCGAAGAGUGUUUUAGCGAGUGUUAUCGUAGUGGCCCUCAAAGGAAUGGUUUGGCAAAUUAAACAGUUGUUUAGAUUUUGGAAAAUGAGCAAAAUGGAUGCCCUUGUCUGGUUGGCCACUUUCCUGACUGUGGUUUUUGUCAGUAUUGAAAUAGGGCUCUUGACCGGUGUUGUCAUGUCUCUAGCGACAAUUUUCGUACUUAGUUUGAAGCCCUACACUUGUUUACUUGGAUCAGUCCCUAGUACUGAUCUCUAUAUUAACAUAAAUCGUUACAAAAGAGCAGUUGAAAUUCCGGGAAUCAAGAUAUUUCAGUACUGUGGGGGGAUUAAUUUUGCAACUAGAAAUAUUUUCAGGAGUGAAUUGUUACGCCUAGUUGAGAUAAAUCCCCAAAAAGAGCUCGAAUAUCGGAAAAAAAUGACGAAAUAUGGGGACGAAAUCGAUGUUAAAGAAUUUGAAAGUCGGAAUGAAAAAAUUGCAAAACUGCAACGCAAAAUCAAUCGUGAACUGAAAUGUUUAAUUUUAGAUUUUUCCUCUUUGAGUCAUUUAGAUCCUUCAGGGGCUUCAAUGCUUCAGGUUGUUACUGAAAGUUUUCAGAAGAUUGAUAUUCCUGUUUACAUUGCCGCCUGCCCUGAACCAAUUUAUGAAAUGAUUCACAAGUGUGGUCUCAUCAACCAUAAAAGUUCAAUUCGGACGUUUCCAACAGUUCACGAUGCCGUGGAGUGCGCCACUGAAAUAUUUACCCUGAGUGCUUCCCCUAUUUCUACAAUUAGUCGAAUGUAAUUAAGCUUUAAAAAAAAAAUAAAUAUUUGAAAACCGAA